CAAAUAUCUACAGUCACCGCUAUUAUCCUGAGAAGAAUGAAUGUGACCAGCGGAGCUGGUUGUAUUGCUGCUUGGAUGGAUGCCAUCAGUGCAAAUGCUGACGUUUUCAGUUUCGUUUCUCUUCUUUUAUUUUGCACCGACCCGCCUAGGAUUUCAGAGUCAGACUAUAAAGACUUGGAAACUGUGAAGCUCAUCAGUGUUGAGAUUUUUACCUUUCUCUACUCUUAUCUUCCAACCGGGACUACAACUACAAGACUUCGAAAACAGAACAACAUGUCUUCUGCUGAGGAAGCCUCGCAGACGAUAAGGAAUCUGAAGGAUAAAUUAAUAAUUAUAUUUGAGAAGAAUGUAUAUGGUUUGUACGAGGCGCUCGAGUCACUCGAUCUUCUAUCCUUGGACGAAGUCUUGGAUCUCUUUAAUGAGAAUGUUCCUGUCAAAAGUGGGAAGAUGAUAGAUAUCAUACUUCAGAAGGGAGAACCAUCCUCAAAAAUAUUUCUGGAUCAUCUGCAGCUUAUGGUUACCAGGUUCCCUGCAUUGUCCAGUUUGCCUCUCUACCAUCAAGAGGAAAAGAAAAGCGAAUUUCAAGAACUUGUAGAACAGCUGAAUAUGAAAAAUUACUUGACUUCUAAAGUGGCCUUAUCUGAUGUCCUGAGCAUUGGAUCGGAAGAUCUGAAAGACGUUGAGCUUCACAAUAUUAACGAAAUUCCGUGGCACUUCUUGAGAAACCUCAUGGCUUUGAACAGGUCCUCAAGAAGCACUCAGCUGAAAAAAGAUCCAACUAGUCAAGAAGAUAAUGAUGAUGAUGAUGAUGAUGAUGAUGAUGAUAAUGAUGAUAUGUUUGAUGUACUUAAAGUUGCGCAUGAUACCUCAAGUACUAUCCACCCAUUGGACGCCCUUUGUGUUCUCUUGCAUUGCUCAGACAGUUUUCUACAGCAAGAGAUUGCAACUAAAAUGUCCAUGUGUCAGUUUGCCGUCCCUCUGCUGCUCCCCCCAGUCGGUGACGGGUCACCCUGCACCUUCUUGCUGUGGGCAAUGAGGGGCAUUGUAAAGAAGUGGAGACCUCAUUCAUUAUUGGACAGUAAGGGGUUCAGAGAGGAAAAUGUGGUGAAUAUCACAAUGCCAACUGUCUCUUUUGUCAGAUUAGGGGAAAAUAAAUUAUCCAAAUCUAAAACCCUGAACCAGAUCCUUAACCCAGCCCAACAACAACAUAACUUCUUCAUCUACCAUGAUAUGGAAGGGGGCAACAUUAAGAGAAAAAUAUCUGAUGGGCUGGUGGAGGUUUCAUGGUAUUUUCCUUGUGAGAAUUCUGAUGUUUUUCAAGAACCCAUCUCAGUGACCAACCUACGUGGAGACCUGGAGUCCAGCUGGAACCAGUUCACGUUUCUGACUCGAGUGUCCUCGGCUGUCUUCAUAUUUGUUGAGGACAUUUGUGAAAACCAAGUCAGACUUUUGUCUACCUGUAAUGACGCCGACACUGAGUUUUAUUUCAUUGUUACCCCAGGUCCUGGCAAAGAAAUAAACCAAGAAACUAAGAAUUGUUUGAAGCAAUUAAUGGAAACAUUACAUGUUAGUAAAACACAAUUGAUAAUCAAACGGAACAAUCUAAAUGAUGCUGCAUUUGUGAAAAAGAUACAAAGCAUCCUUAAAAACCUAAUACACAAAGAGAGACAACAACCAUCAUUAGAGAGUAUGAAAACGCAGACAAGUGGGCUCAAGAUAGACGUGGAUGAGAACUUUCCUGACUGUCAAAAAGCAAGAGCAUGUGCAUGUGUUAUUACCUCCACAAUAGGAGACGUGGAAGGGUAUAAAAAAGAAACGCUAAAACUACAGGGAGAUCUGUGGAAACAGCUGUCCAAAGUAGAGAAGGAACUUUGCAGAAUGAUAAACCAAGGUAACAAAGAUGCCCAACAAUAUAAAAAUGAACUGGAACAGAAACGCAUUGCACUGCACAAAAAACAACAUGAGCAUGAUUUACCCAAUCCGAUAAUGCUCUUUGUGACUGCGAUCACUCAUUUGUCUCAAGUGCAGAAACAAUAUUUUUUGAAAUGGAUGAAAUUAGAACUGGAUACCAUCGCUAGGAAGAAUCUUACUGCCUUACAAGUGGAGUACAAAGAGAAAUGCAAAAGCAAGUCAAACAGUUCUGGGGAACUCAAAGAGGUUGACCAAAAAAUAUCCGACAGCUCUUUAGGAAUUGAACAUUUCAUCCGUGAGUUGGGACAGUUUUAUGAGGCUGAGUGUUCUAUGGUUAAAGAAGAAGUUAUUCCAGCAGAGAGAGCACAGUUUACAGAACUUCCGAAAAUUGCUGCUGACCUUCUUUUGGAUGGGUUUCCAUUGGAGCUCAUAGAUGGAGAUGCCUCAAACAUCCCCAUGAAGUGGAUAACCGAUAUCUUGACUGAAUUAAGCAACAAGACAGAAAUGAAAAGUCAAAUUAGAGUGAUAACAGUCCUCGGAGUGCAGAGUACAGGAAAAUCCACCCUUCUGAACACCAUGUUUGGUCUGCAGUUCCCAGUGGCCAGUGGACGAUGUACUAGAGGGGCUUUUAUGACUUUACUAAAGGUGAAAAAGGAUUUUGAAGUACAACUAGGCUGUAAAUUCAUUAUAGUGAUUGACACUGAGGGGCUAAAAGCUCCAGAGUUGGCCUCCCUUGAGGACAGUUAUGAACAUGACAAUGAACUGGCCACACUAGUGGUUGGGUUGAGUGAUAUCACUAUUGUCAAUAUGGCCAUGGAAAACUCAACUGAAAUGAAAGAUAUUUUACAGAUUGUGGUCCACGCUUUUCUUCGGAUGAAAGAAGUAGGAAAGAGACCCAACUGCCAGUUUGUACACCAAAAUGUGAGUGACGUGUCUGCUCACGAAAAGAACAUGAGAGAUAGGAAGAAACUUCUGGAACAACUGGAUGAAAUGACAAAAGUGGCUGCAAAAAUGGAGAAGCAAGAUGGAAUCACAUCUUUUAGUGAUGUGAUAGACUACGAUUUGGAGAAACACAGCUGGUACAUUCCUGGUUUGUGGCAAGGGGUCCCUCCAAUGGCUCCAGUAAACUCUGGUUACAGUGAAAAUGUGUUCAAGCUGAAGAAGUAUUUAUUUGAGUUCAUGAAAACUCAAAAUGCAUUUUGCAACAUAAAUGGACUUAUUACAUGGAUAGAUAGCUUGUGGAAAGGAGUAAAACAUGAAAAAUUCAUCUUCAGUUUUAAGAACAGUCUGGUAGCGGAAGCUUAUAAUAAUCUGUCUAUGCAGUUUUCCCUUUGGGAAUGGGAAUUUGGCAAAAAAGUCUACAGCUUUGUCACCAGCACAGAAAAUAAUAUAAAAAAUCAGUCGGCUGAGAGUCUGGAGAUGCAUGUCAGUGAAGAGUACAUGACAGAACUUCACCAGCUGGUUUUUGAGGAAGAAAACAAAAUGCUGGAUUUACUAGACCAGUAUUUUGACAGUAAGUCUGGAAAUGUUCAUCUUAUAGAACGUUAUCGAGAAGAAUUCAGAAUGAGUGUACAGUUCCUAAGGCGAGAACUUCAAAGAAAUGCUCUGAACAAAUGUAACAAGGCAGUUUCUAUCCAGAAAGGGAAAUGUGAGAUCCAGAACAUCCAGAGUCAAUAUCAAAUGUUAAUAGAAAAUAAAAUUAGUUUUCUUUUAGAAACUGGCAAAAAGAAAAAAUCUAAGCUAAGUUCUACAAAAGUAGAACAGGAAUUUGAGUCAAUGUGGAAGAAGACAUUGAAAGAUCUAAACAUAAAGAAAUUAGAAAGACUCAAUAUCGAUCAUCUGAUUUUACAGCAACUGAGACAUGACCUGAGCAAUAGGGGACCUGCCGUACAUGAAAGAUUAAAGGGCAUUAUCAGUCUACAAGAUUAUGGUCAGCAAACUUUUAAAAUGGAUGAAAAGUAUAUCGAUCACUCUUGGUGGGAUCGGGUCAAGAACAAAUUGGGCAUUGAAAGUCAAACUUUUGAAAGCGUAGAGAAUUUUGCUGUCUCUCUAAUAGAUAUGUGCAAAAAGUAUGUUGAAGAAAAAGCUGAUACUCCCGAAGAUUACGAUAAGACUUACAGCCAAGAAUUGCUGUACAAGAUCAAUAAACAACUUGAAAGUGCUACCAAUCUUCAUGUUUCAAGAGAACUGGAGCUAGACAUCAAACUGAUCACUCUUGGAAAUGCAGCUCAAAGGUUUCAGCAACUGCAUGACGCAUUUAUCAAAAAUAAUGACCCAACCCAAUGUCUGGAAAGCCUGAGACCUCAAUACUUGUCAGUAUUUCUCAGUAUUUUUCAAGAGAAAGGCGAAAGCCAGAACAGAGCUAGACAAUUCUGUGAACGAUGUAUCAAACCGGCAAUUACUAUCUAUGUCUUCAAACAUCUUGGGGAAAAAAUUGUGGAUGACAUUUUACACAGCUCUGAAAAUAUCAUUUUCAGUAGCAGAAGCUUUUUCCAGUGUAAGAUGCUCGAAAAGCUAUUGGAAGAAAUGUCUUUCCAGAAAUAUGUCGAAUACAUCCGUUCAUAUGAAAAGUUUUCAGAAUCGUGGAUACGAAGUUACAUCGCCAGAAAGUACAAGAGCUCAGCCACGUUAAAUAAAUUAUGCAAAGAUCUUGUUUCCUCCAUAAUGAUGAAGAUAGAUACUGUACUUAAGGAGAAAGCAUACAGAGAAAUGCCUACUAUAUCAUCAUUUUUAGAAGAAGUUUGUGACAAGUUACAAAAGGAACUGGUAAUUCCACAGAAUGAGAUGAAAGUGAUCACUUUCCAUAACAAAACUGCAGUUGAGCAAUUUUCAUCUGACGUUCAACAUUUCCUCACAUUGACAGAGAAGCAAAUUCUAACAGAGCUGGGAUCAUUGGAUAUUGAGUCUGUACUUUCCAAAGUGACACUGAAGCCUCAGGAUGAAUUGUUCAGGAAGGUGAUUGGUUGUGGCAAACAGUGUCCAUUCUGUAAAGUCCCCUGUGAAGCAGGAGGUGGAGAACAUACACAUCACUUUGCAUCUAUCCACAGAUCAACAGGAUUGGGACAGUAUAGAUGGCAUGGUGAUGAUACUUUGACAACAGACAUCUGUACCACACUUGUUGUAUCUACAAACAACUUUAAGAAUGCAGAUACAGAGGGAAAUUGGCACCCAUACAAAGAGUACCGCACAUAUUAUCCAGACUGGACCAUUCAGCCUGACCCCAGCAUUGAGUGCUCAGACUACUGGAAAUGUAUAUUUGUCCUGUUUAAUCAACAGUUUGCAGAAGAAUACAAAGCAAAACCAGCCAAACUUCCAGAAGACUGGGAGAAAAUCACUGAAGUUCAAGCUCUUAACAACGUAAUGCAAGUGUUCAACAUGGACUAACAUCCUUAGGUUAUCAACAACCAUUGAUAAAGCAGUAAGAACCUGUCCACCUACUACAUGUAUCAAAACUGAUUCUUCAACUUGGAAUAAUCUUCCUUUUGUAAAGCUGCCUACAUCUACUGACUUGUACCUCCUAAUAAUUAGAUGCUCUGAUGAACGAGCUUAGAUCUUCUUAUGAGCAUCCUAUACCACUGGUGGAGAACCAGAAAGAUCUCUGUCUUAAAUUCUGAGACCUAAAAUUAUAAUUCUAAAAAAGUCCACCUCUAACGGACCCCUUACUAUGUCAUAUUCUAGUGUAGAUUUAGCACCGACCCCACCCUUUUCUGAUUACCCUGCACCAUUGAAAUGUACCGUAAGUUCUCUGCCGCUCAUGGCAGAUAUUCCCAUUCCAUCACCCCACGACAGCUUAUCCGACAGUCCGACAAGCCAGCAGACACGAUCCAUAUUGAUUU